AUGUUUGUUGGUGAUAAGAUUAACUCGCAAUCUUUAAAUUUUAAAGUAUUUGAUCAAUUUGGCAAUCUUUAUCGGUCAAAAUCUGACAUCUCUGGAAAAUUACGUAUUAUAUUCAAAACUUCAUUUUUAAAUAAUUACAAUAAUAAUAAUAGUAACAGUAAUAAAAUUAUGAAUGAUUAUGAUAUUUCACAAAGAUAUUUUGAAAUUUGUUUUGAAAAUUAUCUUAAAGAUGCAAGUUGGUCAAAUGAUGGUGAAAACAAGGAAAUAGUGAUGGAUUUGGAAAUUGGUUUAAAAUCGAGAGAUUUAAAUUUAAUUAAACAAAGUGAAAAACUAACUCCAUUACAUAAGGACUUAAUUCAGAUUGAAAACGAAAUUGACGAUUUAACAGAUAAUUUAUAUUAUCUUGUUAAAAGAGAAGCAAAUCUAAGAGAUACUAAUGAAAAUACAUACAUUAAUGUUGUCAAGUCUCAAAUCGUUAUAAUAAUUUUACUAAUAUUUAUCAGUUUAUUACAAUUAUUAUAUUUUUACAAUUAUUUAAAAACUAGGAAAGUUAUCCAAUAG